GCAGACAGUAUGCCAGAGCCAGCGAAGUCCGCCCCGAAAAAGGGAUCCAAGAAAGCCGUGACUAAGUCGGCUGGAAAAGGAGGUAAGAAGCGCAAGAGGACCAGGAAAGAGAGCUACGCCAUCUACAUCUACAAAGUCAUGAAGCAGGUCCAUCCCGACACUGGUAUUUCUUCCAAGGCUAUGGGUAUCAUGAACUCCUUCGUGAAUGAUAUUUUCGAGCGCAUUGCUGGAGAGUCUUCCCGUCUGGCUCACUACAACAAGCGUUCUACCAUUACCUCAAGAGAGAUUCAGACUGCAGUGCGUCUGCUUCUGCCUGGUGAGCUUGCAAAGCACGCCGUUUCCGAGGGAACGAAGGCCGUGACCAAGUACACCAGCUCCAAGUAAAACGAAUCUAACAAGUCUUAACCCAAAGGCUCUUUUAAGAGCCCCCCACGUUCUCUUUAAAAAGCAUUUCUCCUAAUGGUGUAAGAUGUAGACCCAGAUUUAAAUAAAAAUUUAAAGUUGUUAGUCGCUUCUCAAUUCUGCAGGAAUUUUUCAGACAAGAAUGACAUACGUUUACGUGCGUGUGGUUGUGUUUACAUGUUGCGUAGUCAAGGAAUAUGGUAGUCUAGUGCACAUCGUAUUUAGUAAGAAAAAUGUGUGGGCAACGCAGUUGCAAAAUGUAGCCUUCUGGGAACUAGACUUGAUAUUUACAUCACUGGCCCCUAGGAGGAGCUCUGAGCCUUGCAAUGAUCACCC